CACCGUAAUGAAAGAGACUUUUUAUAUUUGAUGAUGAUGCUUCCGUCUACUUGAGGUUAAUAACAUCAUUAUUCACUACAAUAAUUUGAACUACAUUUUAGGAAAAAUAUAAGCAGGGGGAGGGAGAAGUAGAUCUCCGCACGGCAGCUGUGUUUUGCAGGGGUUCUACAACUUUUCUUGUCACCAGCCGCCCGCUCUUUCUACAUUGCACCCUGUGGUCACGGUCCAGUGUUGAACACACAUGGUCAUUGGAUUCAACUGCAGAAGAGAGAGAUCCUCUGGUUUUGUGAUAUAGUUGCAAAAGGCUUAUCAGGAGUGAUGGAGUUGGUGGAGCGGACUAGUGUCUGGAACGAUAGGGUCUGUGUAAACAAGAAAGCCCUAGAGGCAGUGCUCCAGCAAUGCCACUUGGCCUUCCAACUGCUCGCCUCUGGACGUGAUGAUGACGGCAACAAUGAUGUUGCUGGUGAACUUGAUGUUCCCAAUCCCCAAGAUUUGGAUGGAACCUGUGCCCCUGCCAGCCGCAAGACUGACACAGCUGAGUUUUAUAGUCUCUUAAAAUCAAGAUUUGAAUGUGCUGAUUUCCUCAAGGAACUAGAAAAUGCCCGGGCCUCGCUUCCACAAAACGUGGCGGAGGAAGGCAAUUCCUGGGACAUGGUCAGCAAAAAUGAUCUUUGGGGAGGUGGAGAUGUUGACUUAGAAGCAGAAGAUUAUGUUUUAGUUCAGCAAGAAGAUAUAAUAGAGGGUAUAGCAUUCUUCAUGGCUGCAUAUCUGUUGUCCCUCGAACAAACUAAGCACUUGACACCAAACCAGCUUCAAGCAGCUCUAAGCAAGACAUUCUCUGUCAAAAAGAAGGGUAAGCUUCGGAAGGCAUGGGAUGGAAGCAGAGUAAUUUACAACAUAGCAUCCUGGGGAACUACAGCCAUGGGAAUAUAUCAAAACCCUGCAGUAUUUCGUGCUGCCUCUACAGCAUUCUGGACUUCAUGUCUUGUUAUAUCAAAGCUAUUGUGAAGUGCAUCAGUUGCUUGUGAAGAGCCUGAUGGUUGGAUUUGACUACUGUGGAUGCCAUACUAGCAUGUCCAUAGUUGUUGACACGAUUGGUUUGUUUUAGUUUUUCUAAUCCUGUAAAUAGUUUAUCAAGCUGUGCGCUUUCCAUCAGUAGAAAUUGAACAAAACAGGUCUGAGUUGUCAUACCUGUAUAUAACAAUCAUGUAAAUAAGGAAACUUCAUUUAUUCCUGAUUCUUGAUCA